UUACUUACAAAUUUACCACAUCUGCCAGGUAGUCUUAUAGAACUGAAUGUCAUGCGGAACAAGUUGGAGGUGGUAGAAAAUAUGUUUAAAGGGUUGAACAACUUGCGAAAGCUAUAUACAAACGUUCCGUUUAUGUGUUGCGUUAUACCGAUAUCUGUUGAUGAAAAUAACUGUAUUGAUACACAAUAUAAAUUAUGGCAAUGUCUUAAGGAUGCUGAUUUAUGUAAAUCAAAAGUGGAUGCGAUAUCUUCUUGUUCUGCGCUAGUGGGAUCAACUGUACUUCGAACAUUUCUUUGGAUAAUUGGAAUAUGUGCUUUAAUUGGAAACCUUGUCGUCAUAUUUUACAGACUUUUCCUCGACAGAGAUAGUACAACGAAGAAUUAUUCAAUCUUCGCGCUGAAUUUGGCGAUUUCGGAUGUAUUUAUGGGCAUUUACCUACUAAUCAUAGGUAUGUCUGACGCCUAUUACAACGGUGUAUAUGCCUGGAACGACCAGAAAUGGAGAAACAGCAUUUUAUGUACCACGGCAGGUGUAUUAUCUAGUGUAUCCAGUGAGAUGUCGACAUUUCUAAUCCUUAUGGUGACAGUGGAUAGAUUAAUCGUCAUCAUGUUCCCCAUGUCCCGUCUCUCUGGAUGGAGCAUCUCAUGGAAACAGGCUUUAGUUGUAUCCAUGUCCCUAUGGACUGUUGCUAUCACAUUUGCAGUCGUCCCAAUCAUCGCUGUACCAUCUUACUUUAAAGGAGAAUUCUACUCGCAGUCAAGUGUUUGUCUAGCACUGCCUCUUACAGGCGAUCAACGGUCAGGGACGGGCUAUUCCUUCGCAGUGUUUGUUUGUCUAAAUGGUCUUAUAUUUCUUAUUAUUUUCGUAAAUCAGCUUUGUAUGUGCAAAAGUUUGAGAAAAAGUGGUCUCGGUAUUGCCUCUUCACAAAGUCGCCAAAGAGAGAGGACGGUAGCGAUUACCCUGUUCUUUGUGGUGAUGACAGACCUUUGCUGCUGGUUUCCCAUAGGUGUCAUGGGUGUGGUAUCCAGAUAUGGAGUAAGAAUCCAGAUGGCGUUUAUGCCUGGGUGAUGGUUUUCGUAUUGCCUUUCAACGCUGCUAUUAACCCGUUUCUGUACACUGCCACAGCUGUUUGGAGGAGAAGACAACAAACACCAACUCCAGUGACGACACAGAUGCGUUUUGAAAGGCCUCCAGCCAUCUCCAGGGACUAGACAGAACAUUGUCACAGGAUCAUUUCACAAAAGAAAUUAUAUAUACAAGAAGGACAUAUAUAUAUGUAUGUG